ACUGGAUCCAAGCCUACGACUCAAGCACAACAUGUCUACUAUCACAUCAACAACAUCGACCAUGUCUACCGGAGUUAGCAAAACAACGAGCCGACGAAGACGAUCUGCACCUAAGCUCAAAGAGAGCUGCGACUGUUGUGCUAUUGCUAAAGUGCGAUGCACAAGAGAACGACCUUCUUGUCUGCGAUGUCGAUCCAAAGGCAACGAUUGCCAAUAUAGCAUCUCACGAAGAGCUGGACGCAAGACCAUGCGCAACAUCACUGUGACACCAAUCAGCAGGUCCGGAUCGGAUACUUCCUCAUCAAUCGGGUCACCCGUGCAAGUCUCCGCCAAACCAAGCUUCGUUCACGUGGAACGGUCUUCAUUCAGCGAUUCUUCUCCAAGCAGCAGCACCUCAUCAACAUUCGGCGACUAUGUCCACGGACUGCCGAUUCCUCCAUGCACGACACCUGAAAUGACCGAGCAUCUCUACAACAACCAAGACCUGGCAAUGUGGACUCAAGCCGCAUUCAUCUCAUCACAAGGAGAAACCGAUGCGAACGCAGACUGGUACAGCCUCGCCGAUAGCUUCUCCCACUCCACACUCGCAUCUUCAAGACAUCCCUACGAAUCAAAACCACACCCCACAACACCCACAUCACCUACCUCCUCCUCAUCACCCUCCGAAGAAGAGGAAGACUCCCCCAUCCUCGAAAGCAUCGAAUUCCCUCCCCUCACAACCCUCCCCCAUCCCCACUCCCAACUCCUCUCAUCAGACGAAUACAACAACACCUCCGAAGAUCCCGACAUACCUUUCCCCCAAGACAUCCCACUCUUCGGCUCCACCCACCAAGAAGCUUUCCUCUUCGCCGAAACAGAAGCCAUCCGAGAAGAACUCCGUCUCGUAGCGAAUUAUGUUUCAACAUUAGAAGAACGCGUUGAUCGGGGUGUGAGGUGUGCUGGGUUACAGCAGAAAGCUGCUAUGGAGGCGAAAGCGCUUUGCGGGGAUUUAGAGUCAAACGAUGUUGAUGUUGGGAUGGAAGCGGCAGCGGGGAAUUUGGUUGCGAGGUUUGAUGCGAGUGAUUUGAGGAGACGGUUGGGGGGUAUUAGGCAUGAGAUUGAGUGUAUUGUUGGGUUUGGUUGAGGGGAGUUUGAUUCUGUGGUGGGGUGUUUUAAAGAAUUUCGGGCUU